UUGGUUCCGUGGGAUGGGGCCGGAGAUAGUGGCGACGAGUUUCCCGAUCUCGACGACCACAACAACGGCGGCCUGUCUUCGGGCGGCGCCCAAAACGGUUGGGCCGCAGAGGAUAUGUUCCGCAUCAAUGAAGACAAAUUCCAAGUGAAGAGCGAUUUCGACACAUCGCUCGGACAAUACACAAUGGCUUUGCCUGCAGUGGUGGACAAAGAGAAAGAGCAAAUCGCUCAUGAAAUAGCAAAGUCGAUAGAAGGCGACCAAAGCCGUCAGGCGAGGCUCAGCAAAGAGAACGAUGGCGAAGAUGAUGAUGGAAAGUAUAGCGAUGUGGUCAGACCCACACCCAAUGACAACCGCAACCCCGAUCACCGGCGGGACAAUCGACCCAAUAGUCGCAAACCCAACUCUCAAAUGGCUAAUUCAGGCUAUAUUAUCAACUCUAGCAGCGGCCCUCCCGGUGCUAGAAGUGGUGGUCGAAGUGGACCGUCCGGACCACCGCUGUCCACGUCGACCACAUUCCACGGGAAUAAGAAUGCGAACACCGGCUAUAAGUAUAGUCCCAACUCGAACAUGGGUUCGGGCGGCGGUCCCUAUAAGUCCUAUCGGGACGACAAUUACGGCCAAUCGGGCGGCUAUUACAAGAAUGAUAACCCACACGACGAGAGAGAUAGCCCACACUCUAAUCCACAGCCGCAGAGGCCUAUACUCGAUGGUAGACGACAGCCCCAAAUGCAGGGCAAACGCAGAGACGACUCCGACUCUAAGUAUAGCAACGAUUAUAAAUCGCCGGCACCCGAGACCACCCAUAAGAAUAGUCCUCCGCCAGGCAUUCGGACGGAGCCNUGGAUGUAUUGUAAUGAAUGGUAA